AUGGGCCUGGUGUCGGGUAGCAGACGCUGGCGGUUCUGGCGGAAGACGGACCUGGAUGUACCGUCUAACGAGGCGCAGGCGCACACGAGCCAGGAACAACAGCCACAUCUACAUACAAACAAUGGAGAAGAGACGGAGCAUGGACAUCGAGCCCUUUCAGUUCCUGCGUCGUCUCUGCGCCGGACAUCGUCAGCAUGCACACAGCAAGCUCCAGCAUCUUCUAUGGAGUAUGAUGCCGAAGGCGCAGUUGACCCGGAUGCCGAUAUAGAGCGGCUAGGGAGGCAACGGCCGCCAGUAUUUAGGAACUUUGCUUCUGAGGCUGCCUUUUGUUUCUCUAUCGUAAUGUCCCAAGUUUUGACGGAGUAUUUCAUUUCUGGAUUCAACGUCAUAAUACCCAGGCUGGUGGAUGAAUUUGAUAUCCCAGAUGCCUCUGCCGUCUGGCCGGCCAGUGCCUUUCCGCUCGUCGUGUCCUCUACCCUUCUCAUCUCUGGCCGCUUGGCAGACAUGAUCGGUGGCUACUACAUGUACGUCGGUGGCAUGGGAUGGCUGUGCAUAUGGUCAGUCAUCGCCAGCUUCUCCAACAACCGUAUCAUGCUCAUUCUAUGCCGAGCUCUGCAAGGCCUUGGUCCUGCAGCAUAUCUACCAUCGGGAAUGAUGCUGUUAUCAAUCGUGUAUCGUCCAGGGCCACGAAAGAACCUAGUCUUCAGUCUGUACGGAACCUGUGCUGUAUUUGGAUUCUUCAUUGGUAUCUUCUGUUCGGGACUGGCUGCGCAGUAUCUUGCAUGGCAGUGGUAUUUCCGCAUCGGCGCCAUCCUCGCUGCUAUUACUACCGCCAGCUCAUUUUUCUUCAUACCCUCGGAUGCAGCUGAAAGACGCAAUCAGGGAGUCAAGAUGGACUAUUUGGGUUCGGUUCUUAUCGUAGUCGGCCUCACCCUAUUUGUCUUUGCGGUUACAGAUAGCGCACAUGCCUCUCAUGGAUGGAAGACACCCUAUGUCUACGUCUCUUUCGUCCUCGGAUGUCUCUUCUUGGCUGGUGCUUUUUAUGUUGAAGGGUGGGUUGCAGAGUCGCCCUUGCUGCCAUUCGAUUUGUUCGAUGCACCGUAUAUGAAGGCGAUGGUGCUGGCACUGCUCUUCUUUUAUGGGUGUCUUGGAGUAUUCCUACUCUAUGGUACUCUAUAUAUGGUUCACAUCAUGGGUGCCACAUCUUUACAAGUUGUCGCCUGGUGUACUCCGAUGGUAGUGGGAGGUUUUGCUUUCCCCAUCAUGGUCGGAAUCUGUCUACACCUGGUCUCUGGAACCGUUCUCCUUAUUAUCUCCGGAAUAGGCUGGAUAAUGGCGGGCCUCCUUUUCGCAAUAAUGCCCGAUGGUGCAAGCUACUGGGCGUAUGCUUUCCCAGCGAUGAUUGGCGCCACCCUUGGUAUUGACGUCACAUUCAACAUCACAAACAUCUUCAUCACCACAAGUCAGCCAAAGCACCGCCAAGGUCUAGCUGGUGCUCUGAUAAACUCUGUCCUGUUCUUGAGUAUUGCGGUACUGCUUGGGUUCGCGGACGUUGCUCAGGUAGCCACCCUGGACCAAGGGAGGAAGCAGAGUUACCGUGUCGUCUUCUGGUUCAAUACUGCAUGUGCGAGCGUCGCACUACUGAUUAUUGUGCUCUUUGUCAGAGUAAAUCCAGCAGCGAGCGACUUGACAGUCGACGAAAAGAAGAGGCAGCAUGAGUUAAGUCAGAGACAAUCACAAUAUCUGGAGGCACCUCCUCAAGGCAUAGGAGAGAAUCCUCCUACCGCGCCUCGACAUGACAAUUUGGCCUCGUCAUAA